AUGGUUGCCAUAACAACCCUCCUUCAGUGGUUUUCAUUCUUUUCCCUGGCCACCCUGCAGAGGCCGUUUUUGCCGGUGGUGAAGGAUGUGCUCGUGUACGUGUGCAUGAGCGGCGCGCUGCUCUUCCUGGUGACGAUUGUGCUAGCCUACGGCUUUGCAGAUAAGGAGAUGCAGCAGUACCUGACAAAGACGGCACGUGUUGCGGUGCCAGACGGUGUGCCGACGAGAGGCAACGCCGUGCUCGUACCCUUUUCGUAUGAGGCGUUUGUGAGUGCCUCUGUGACGAUGAGUGUCGUAGCAGCGCUCACUGUUCUGCUGUGCUGCAGCUUUGUUCUUCAAGUUGCAUGGGACGGCAUGGGGACCUGCGUGGCGCCGAUGGUGGCGAUGACGGUGAACACGGUGAAGCCCAAGUGCUGGGACACCGCAGAGGAUUAUCGUGGGAAGGUGCCACCACCGCCAGAGGCAGCAACGUAG